ACAAAAAAAAUAAACAUUGAAAAAUCUUAAUAAUAAAACAGGUAGUAUUUUUUAUAAAAACAUUUAUUAAAACAACAUUUUAAAUUAAAAAAAAUAAGGAUGUUUUCAUCAGAAAAUGCGGCGUCUGAACGUCAAGGAGAUCAUCACCAUAAAAACCAAAACACGAAAGAAAAUACUACAGCACCUGUUGACAAUCUCGAAGAAGACUCAUCUUCGGAUACAAUAACUAAAGCGGAACACAUAUCAUUACUUUCUAAGUCUACAAUUAAGUCUUUUUCAAGAUUCCUUCCCCGUAAUGUCGUCGGUACGAUUGGCCGGAAAACUUCAUUACUCACACGACGCACUCUACGCUCUGGACGAGGUUCUUUGAGGACAUUAAAUCAAAACUGGGAUACGUUAAAUUCUUUGUCGUCUUUUGUUGAAGGCGACACCAGUAGCAGCAUGAUUGGAAACUCACAUUCACAAGAAGAUGUUAUCACAAAACGAAAACAACAAUUGCGUCUGCAAAAGAACUACACCCUCAGAUUGAGUAAAUUUAAGGAUAAGUUCAAAACAAAACGCCACUCGAAAAAAGAUCGAUUUGGUUCUCUUCACGUUGCUUCUCCAGAUCGAUUUCGUAAGGACCUCAAUCAAUCGAAAAUCGAAAGCAAUAAUAAACAAGCAAAACUUUUAGAGAAAUUAUUGGAGAAACAUAAUAAACAUUUAGAGAGUUUGUAGUCGA